UUGGCGCGAUAGAGCAAAAUAGUAUAUUGAUACUUUGGAAAUGAGCAUGGUUACUACUUAUUGGUAUAUUACAAUUUGGAAAAGUUGAACUAUGUGUUUGGGGAAUGGGGUGCAAUGGGAUUGGGGUCUUGAUAGAAAUUCUGUACGAGAACAUGACACUUGAAGAUGAAAAUGAUUUAAUUCAUUAUGAUUCUAGCUAAGCCUUGUCGAAAAAAAAGUGUAUUGACUGUAAUUUUAUUUAAGGGACGGUAUAGGAUAAACGUACAAGGUUGAUUAAAAAUUAUUGAAAAUAAGUCGAAUUUUAGAACAGAGUUGAACACAGUUCUUUGUUAGCAUCAGAGAAGAGAGAGAAAGAUGAAUGCUCCUGAUCGAUAUGAGAGAUUCGUCGUUCCUGAAGGCGUCAAGAAGGUUUCGUAUGAGAGAGAUACGAAGAUCAUCAAUGCUGCCUCUUUUACCAUUGAGAGAGAAGACCACACCAUUGGCAACAUCCUCCGCAUGCAAUUGCAUAGAGACCCAAAUGUCCUUUUUGCCGGCUGCAAGCUUCCACACCCUCUUCAGUACAAAAUUCUUGUUAGAGAAUUGAAAGAUAAAUAUGUACUACUCCGCUUAGCACAUCUCUAUGAGGUUGUAGGCUUGUUGGCUUAUGUUGUUCUAUGUUGCUAUCUGUGAGCUGCUGGGUGUUGUUUAUACUAUUGACAGUCCUGCUAGCUGCUUGCUGGUCUCUGUUUGGUUGUAUGUGGGGCUGUUAGGUGCAGGCUACUGUCAUGUAGGUUCUAUUGGGCUGCCUAGUUGUUGUUGUUUUUUCUGCCUGUCUCUGCUGUUCUGAGCUGUUGUAGGGUUGAAAAAGGCAUCCUGGUUUGGACUUGCUUUUCCCUGUUUGCUUCUAGUUUGUUACCUAGUUUUCGUUGCUGUCUUGUUCUGGUUUUGGCUGGUUAAUGCUGCUAUUGUUCCUUUUACUCCUGUUGUUCUGCACUGUCAGCUACUGUGCUGCUUUCUGCCUGGUGCCGUGCAUGCUUGGUUCUGGCUGCUGAUGCCGUUCUGCUGAGCUUGUUGAUGUUGGGACAACUUGCUGUGUUGCUGGUCUCUACUGCUGCUGUUCACCUGCUGAUGUUGGUCGCUUGCCUCUCAAAGAUCGUAGUCGUUGUAGUUUUCUCAAUUAAUUUAAUUAGUGAAAUUUGAUUUUGUAACUUUUCCCUUUAAGGGCAAUAAUGUACAUAUUUCGCAUUAUAAUUAUUAUAUAUAAAUGAUACUUUAAUUUUUUUAUGUUAGCAUAUUU